ACCUGCCGUCGUCUAGCAGUAGGCAUGUUGUGCUUUUCUGUUCAGUGUGCUGUUUUUAGGAAUAUAGGAACAGCUUUCAGUUCAGUGUGCUGUUUUUAGGAAUAUAGGAACAGCUUUCAGUUCAGUGUGCUGUUUUUAGGAAUAUAGGAACAGCUUUCAGUUCAGUGUGCUGUUUUUAGGAAUAUAGGAACAGCUUUCAGUUCAGUGUGCUGUUUUUAGGAAUAUAGGAACAGCUUUCAGUUCAGUGUGCUGUUUUUAGGAAUAUAGGAACAGCUUUCAGUUCAGUGUGCUGUUUUUAGGAAUAUAGGAACAGCUUUCAGUUCAGUGUGCUGUUUUUAGGAAUAUAGGAACAGCUUUCAGUUCAGUGUGCUAUUUUUAGGAAUAAAGGAACAGCUUUCAGUUCAGUGUGCUGUUUUUAGGAAUAUAGGAACAGCUUUCAGUUCAGUGUGCUGUUUUGGGGAAUAUGAGACCACCUGCAAUGUGUUUGUGGCCAUUAUACAUUGUGUCUUUUGGAUGUCUGGACAUUAUUCUGUGUAUUCUCUAGACUCCAGGCCAACUCCGACAGGAACUGGUGGGAGCGUUAUAUUCAAUUGAUUGAAGAUGUUGGUGUUACUGUGUCGUUAUAACCGGAGUUGUGUUCUCUUAGCUGAUCCAUCCACGAGCGUUACUCCCACACGAACCAGUCCCACGUGAACUGAUGAUGAAAAUGAAGAAAAGCCGGACGCUGACUGAGAUGAGCGUCAUUGUUGGUUGCUUUCUUCUGGUACUGGUUUCCAUUGGACAAAUUCUUGUCUUCACCCACAAGUUUAAGAACGCUGAACCAGUCCCUCAAGCAGACAAAGUUCCAAAACCUGACCAGACGAUACGAGGGCUUGCGGUGGCCGCGUCUGCCAAACUACGCGCACGGCAAAAAGCCCAACUUGAAGUGCGUGAGUUAGAGAAAGCUCUGGCUAAACUCAUGCGGGAAAACUCCAUGAGUCCAGAAGAAGCAGCCUUGAAAUUAAACAGUGAACUCUAUGCUAGAAGAGUUCAAACUAUCAUUCGCCAAGCUCAGCAACACGGCCUGCAAACUUUCAGAGUCAAUGGUUCCAGUUUUUUAAAUCUAUCCUUAUUGGAAAACCUUCCUAAGGCGAAGCAGCUCUCACAACCUUAUUCUAGGGAGGCCAUUCGCGCAUGGUCUAACGGAUUACACGUUGAUACAGCUCAGGUGAGCAAGUUGAGAGACUUGAACAGAACAGAGGAGAGCCACAUGCAAGCGCUGCUGUCGCGUGAAGAAACAAAUAUAUCGUUAGCAUACGAGGAGAACUUCAACGAAAUAAAAAAACAAUUUCUAGAAGGAAGCGAACUGAAGGUCGACCACUUGAAACUGAAGCGGGAAUAUUCCACACAAAUGGACGUGUGUCCAAAGGAGCCAGGCUCGUUAGUUGGCAACUCGACUGAUGUGAACUUGAAUAUAACUGUGGACAUCAACGACAUCAUCAGAGAGCACAAGGACGUGAGGACAGGAGGUGAGUGGAAGCCUGACUCUUGCAUCUCGAGACAUCGUGUGGCCGUCAUCAUCCCCUACAGGGACCGCUGGAACCACCUCAAAGUUCUGCUACACUAUCUGAUACCCACGCUCAAAAGGCAACUCAUCCAUUUCAAAAUCUUCGUUGUGGAACAGUAUGGCAACGAGACAUUUAACAAGGGAAGGAUCAUGAAUGCUGCAUUUCGAGAGGCGCUCAAAGUAUUUGACUUCCAGUGUGUAACCUUUCAUGAUGUGGACUUGGUGCCAGAAGAUGACAGAAACAUGUACUCUUGUACAGAACAGCCAAAACACAUGUCAAUUAGCAUUGAUAAAUUCCAGUACACACUUCCUUAUCAAGGCCUUGUAGGUGGAGUUUUGAUGUUUAGAACUGACCACUUUCAACUGGUAAAUGGCUAUUCAAAUAUGUACUGGGGGUGGGGGGCAGAGGAUGAUGACAUGACCACACGAAUACUUCAUCGCGGUCUCAGAGUAUACCGACCUCCCAGCAACAUCGCAAGGUACAAGAUGGUCAAACACGAAGGGAGGAAGUCAUCUGAUGUUGCUGUUAGAAUGAAGUUGCUGCGAACUGCUGCAAGACGCAGCAAGAUGGAAGGUCUGAACAAUGUGCAGUACAAGUUAAUUUCUACACAAGUACAUCAGCUCUUCACGCAUUUUAUAGUUGAUGUGGGACAUCCAUAGGACACAUAGAAAACAACUGUAGGACAUCUAUAAUAAUAAAUACAUGAUUGAAUGACCUUAUCAACGUGUUAAUUGUAAGAGGCCUUUUGUCAAAUUCUAUGGAGUAUUUCUUCCAGCAAGACCAAGACUUGUGAACGACCAUGUCUUUCACUAGGAAAUAAUGUUUUUUUUUUAUUUGUACACAAUAACAUGCUAUAUAUUCAUCACAUUCA